AUGAAGCAGCUCACUUGCACUACGCUCGCUCUUGCGAUACUACCCUUUGUCACUUCUCUCGGCUUGUUUUGCCCUCCAACCGGUCCCGUACUGCCACCUCCUGUACUGCUUGAUGCUAACGGCUUCGAUGUCGGACCACUCACCGAUGCCUUGACAAAGCUCGUCAACGAUCCGGACGCUCCUUUCAACGCUACUAUCAAUUCCUUCUCCUUGACCAUCACAACCCUGGAAGAUGACAUUUUUCAAUAUCAUCACACGGCUCCAAAGAAGAGCGAGGCGGGCGUCUCUGUCGUUGACGGGGAUACCAUAUAUCGCAUCGCCUCCGUAACGAAGCUCUUCACCACACUAUCACUCCUCCUCCAAGAUGGGCUCGACAUCGACGAUUUUGUCUGGCAACACGUUCCUGAGCUUGCCGGCCUCAAAAAGUUCGAGGAUAUAACGCUGAGAAUGCUCGCUAGUCACCUCUCGGGUGUUAUAAGAGAUGGAUACAAUUCUGAGAUAGCUCCAAGAGCACCACCGGAGGUUUUGUCAUCACUCGGCUUUCCCAAUGUGACCCUCCCUCAAGAUUAUCCAACGUGCGACAGCAUAGGCACUGCGAAAUGCUCUCGUGCCGAAUUCAUUUCUGGCAUCACAAGGGAAGAUUUGGUCUGGCUGCCAGGGAACACACCGACGUAUUCAAAUUACGCCUUUGUACUCCUGGGGUACGCCGUGGAGGCAGCCACCGGCAAUUCACUCCAAGAUGUAAUAGCGGAAAGUAUUGUCCAACCACUUGGGAUGAGCGCAGUCUCGGGGCUUCAAAUCCCAGAAGACCCCAGCAAAAUCAUCAUUCCUGAUGAAGGGGACGUGUGGGCAACCCAAGACUUCAACAACUGGAAAGCGACUGGUGGCUUGUUCACCACUCCUAAUGAUCUCUCUCGCUUUCUUCGGGGCAUCAUGAACCAUGAACUCCUCACUCGGGCUCAAACUUCGGCUUGGUUGAAACCCGCAGCCUUCACGGCAUCUCCGACAGGUGCGACUGGCAUGCCAUGGGGUAUUCUGAGACCCAACAACCUCAAACGAGCAUCUGGCACAAGACCAUUAGAAAUCUAUACCAUGCUUGGGGGUUUUCCCAAUUAUGGGGCGUACGUAGGUAUCAUUCCGGAAUAUCAGCUCGGCAUAACAGUCAAUUAUGCCGGUCCUGGGGAUGAUCCUCUGUCACGGACACUGCUUGAUAUGGCGGUGCAGCAUGUCAUCCCUGUGUUCGACGACCUAGCACGUGUGCAGGCUAGUGAGACGUAUGUUGGUUCAUAUAAUCCCGGAGUCGAUGGCGGCAACUCCUCGCUCGUCCUGGCAUUGGAUGAUGGUCCAGGCUUGAAGAUCGCGGAAUGGACUAGCGAGGGAACCUCUGUGAGCGAAGCCUGGCUGGCCUUGUUUGGUGGUUCCAUCGGGAUGGUCGAUGUGGAUAUGAGAAUCUAUCCUGUAGGAGAAGACGAGCGCUGGCAGGUGGGAUUUCAAGGAAUUCCAGACAGAGAUGUACCGGGGAUUUUUGAAACAUCUUGUGAUGGCUGGUUCAACUUCAAUGCCUUUCGUUAUGCCGGCCUUCCAGGGGAUGUCGUCCAUUUCGUGAUUGAUGGUAAUGGCAUAGCUAUUGAGGCGCAAGUACCAGGACUGAGGCAGAAUUUGACCAGGGUCUAG